AGAGAGGGUAGUUCAGGUUCUCUAAAGAGCAGCAAAAGCGUUCCGUUAUCACCAGAACAAGCAAUGAAAUUAUACAUGCACAAGUUAUCUUCAUUUGAACAUCAUGAAAUUUUUAAUUAUCCACAAGUCUUCUUUGUUGGUGCAAAUUCAAAAAAGCGCCAGGGCUUAGUUGGUGCUCCUAGUAAUAACGGCUAUGAUGAUGAGUCUGGUAACUACCUGCCUGAAGUCCACGAUCAUAUCGCAUAUCGAUAUGAAAUCCUAAAAGUUUUGGGGAAAGGCAGCUUUGGUCAAGUCUUAAAAGCUUAUGAUCAUAAAAGUCGAAUGCAUGUAGCCCUAAAAAUUAUUAGAAAUGAGAGGAGAUUUCACCGACAGGCGGCGGAAGAAAUAAAAAUUUUAGAACAUUUAAAGCGACAAGAUAAAGAUAAUACAUUUAACAUAGUUCAUAUACUAGAUCACUUCCAGUUUCGAAAUCACGUAUGCCUCCCCUUUGAACUACUCAGCAUAAACUUAUAUGAACUUAUUAAGAAAAACAAAUUUCAAGGUUUCAAUCUGCAACUUGUCAGAAAAUUUGCCUUCUCUAUACUCCAGUGUUUAGACGCUUUAUACCGAAAUAAAAUCAUCCAUUGUGAUUUAAAACCCGAAAAUAUAUUGUUAAAGCAGCAUGGAAGAAGUGGUAUCAAAGUAAUCGAUUUCGGUUCUAGCUGUUUCGAACAUCAGAGGAUCUAUACAUAUAUUCAAAGCCGCUUCUAUCGUGCUCCGGAGGUAAUCCUUGGCAAUCGUUACGGGAUGUCAAUUGAUAUGUGGAGUUUCGGAUGUAUUUUGGCCGAACUAUUAACUGGUUAUCCAUUAUUUCCUGGAGAAGAUGAAGGCGAUCAACUAGCGUGUAUAAUGGAAUUACUGGGUAUGCCAACCACACGUUUGUUGGAAACCGCCAAAAGAGGCAAAAACUUCAUAAGCUCUAAAGGACAUCCACGAUAUUGCACAGUUACAAAUGCGCCUGAUGGUAGCGUUAUAUUAAGUGGAGGACGUUCUCGCCGCGGAAAGUUUCGCGGUCCACCUAAAUCUAAGCACCUAGUGGAUGCUUUGAAGGGGUGUGAUGAUUCAUUAUUUUUAGACUUUCUUAGUCGUUGUUUAGAAUGGGAUCCUGCGCAGCGCAUGACACCCCCACAAGCUUUACGCCAUGCAUGGCUAAGAAGAAGA